UUAAUAUGCUUGGACCCCAGAAAAGGCUUGCUAAAAUUUUCGCAAGAAAUUAGGUAUCCCACUACAUUGAGAAAAACUUACGUGAAACGAUUUCACUGUUACAUGGAUCUUGAUUCAAUAGUACAAUUUCGUGUGGUGAAAAACUUACACAUGACAUUGUUUAAGUACAAUGGAACGUCAUGGACUCAUGAUAGUGGUGAACAAGUUCCAUGUAACUUCUUCAGUGCAUGGCUGUUGUCAUAGUCCCCCACAUAUCCCCUGAUGAAUUGCCUGGAAAUAUAUCAUCAGCAGAACGUCCCUACUUGAUAGACUUGAUGAGAGACCUCAUUAAAGCAACAUAAAUGGUGUCCGUGUGGACCCUUAGGUGAAGGAAAGUCCGAAAAAAUUAAGAGCACUGCUACUACUACUGCUUGCCAAGGACUAGCUUCUAAAUUUCCUUGAAAAUCAAUGCCCCCUGCUAAGAUAGAAGACAUUACACACUCUGUACAUGAGUGAUGGAAUCGUUUUCGGUGUUGCUAAAUCUAAUCUAUGGGGAAAUCUUUAUGUCGUACUCUCACGGGGAGCCACUACCUUCUUUUCCCAAGUGAGUGUCAUGUUGACAACUGAGGUUUCGAUGAAUUUUCCGCUGAUGACACUGAUCGAAACAGCAAUACAGCGUAAUUUCUUGAUAACCUCCUUCAUUAAAUUCCACUCUAUAUAUUCUGAACUAAACAAUCUAUUCCUUGCUUCAAUCCUUCCCCGAGAAAGGUAUAAAAGAGGGCGUGAUCUGCUCGUAGAGUACUACAAAGCCAUGAGAAAGUUGGAGGAGCGUACGAGAAGCUGCUACUCCGAGUUGAUGCCUAUGUCAAGCCCUGACUUUGUUCAAAUGAUGGUGCUUGAUGGUUGCUUUAUCAUCGAGCUUUUUCGACAGAGGAGUACAGAUGAAGAGGACACCAUUUUAAAAAGGCCCUUUUUUAUUCAAAUUUUAACUAGGGACCUUCUGAAGCUUCAAAACCAACUCCCUUUCUUCGUCCUUGAAAAACUAUUUGAGAUUUCCGACUUUGGAACUCAACAUUCUCUAUCCUUGCUUGCGCUUGAGUUCUUCAAUCAUUCGUUGCCUAGGCCUAGCGAAGUCCUCAAGAGGAAGAGUGAGCUUACUGGGGCCAACCACUUGCUCGACUUGUUUCGCUUAAGCUUCCUUCCUCUCGCACCACACGAUCCUCUAAGGAACAAUCCUCCUCCCUCGAAGUCAAUAUUCCAACAAAAGGUAGAUGCUCUACUGCGGAGAAGUCUGCCAAUAUUGCUUUGCCUGUGUACGCUAGCAACAGUGAUUUUACUCGAUGAUGAUCGUCACUCUAACCUAAAGUACCGCCCAACUGCGAAAUCAAUCCAAUGUACCACACAACUAAGACUCUCUUGGGUAAAAUUUAGGCCGCGCAAAAAUGCGGAGAGCUUCUUAGACGUUAGUUACCAGAAAAGGGUUCUUCGCAUCCCACCUAUAACCAUCAAUGAGCUCACCAUUGCUAUCUUUAUCAAUUGCAUGGCGUUUGAACUCUGUCACCCACACACAGCUCCGCUCUUCACCGCUUAUAUUGCCUUCAUGCGCUGUCUCAUCAAUUCGAAGAGGGACGUCCAAGUUCUUUGUGCUGAAGGGAUUAUCGCCGGCUUCUCCCAGAGCGAUCAUAACUUAACUGAGCUGUUCACAAACUUGGGGGAAAAGGUUGUGCUCGACAUAGGAGAUUGCUACCUCUCCAAGCAAUUCAGAGAUGUGGAGGCCUAUUACAGCAGCUGUAGGGGUACCUUCCUGCGAUCUUGUUUUGGCGAGCCAUGGUCGUUGGUCUCAUUUGUCUGUGCCUUAAUACUGUUUGCGUUCCCCAUGUACUCAGCGUCCUGAUGAGGUACACAGCAACAAAAGAUUCGUCUGAUUCUACAGCUUUCCAUUUUUCAUUUAUAUUUUAAAUCUUGCAGUGAUUUGGAGAUCCUGCGGCUUGUACUGAAUGUAGAGGUUUGGAUAUCUUGUUUCCUCACUUCCAAUCCGUCUCUCACUUUAUUGUAUUUCGCAUUUUUAAUUCUGCAGCACUUGUUAUUUCUCCCCCAUGAUCUACUUACCAUGUUUCAUA